AAUUAAAAAGAAUCAUGAGGAGUUGGGUUUCAACUAAAGAAGAGGCGCUGUUUGUACAAAAAGCAAAUCAAGUACAAACUAGAAAGUAGGAUAAAGUGGGGAAAGUGGUCACAAGAUACAAGGCGGGCCUUUCUUUUGAAAUAAAUAGCCUAAGUCUCCUCCCCUCAGACUCACCCACGUCUCUCUUUAACACUCUAACCGCCCCCUAACUGUCCAAUCCUACCACUACUCCAUUAUUCAUCUUCACUUUCAUAACUUCAAGAACCCUCAUCAUAAAUUCCACAGAAUCAUUCUAUCGAAUUCCUUAAAUAAAAGAAUGAAGUGGCGGAGAAAGAAAUCUGAACCUUCUUCAUCUCCUAAUUCUUUAAUUAAUCGUGUUUUUCAUGUUUCUUGGUUCUCCAGGUUCAGGCAGAGAAGGCGUACACGGAGAGGUGACUUGGAUUUCGCAACUUCAAACUCAUCGUUUCAUUGGAGACAAGGGAGAUUCUACAGCAUGGAUGAGGAUGAUGCUUAUUGGAGGCUUUCUUUCGGUGAAGAAAGAAUCCAGGGCAGGAGGAGCACUGGUGGGAUUAACCCUCUUUGGUAUGAGUCUGAUCAUGAGUUUCCAGGGCCUGUUCCGGGUUUUAAGAGCUUUGGUUUGAGGGAAAUGGAUGUGCCGAGGAGGGAAGAAUUCAGGAACUUUGAUGACAUGGUUUUAAAUGUAAAGAUGAAGAAAGGGAAUAAAGAUAAGCAGAGGAAUGUAAUAGAGAAUGGUGCAUUCAUAAACGUAAAGGAACAUGGAGGAGAAGCACAACUCUCAACUCGGAGGCAGAAGUAUGUUGUGGAUGAUCACAGUUCAAGAAGAUUGAGCCGUGGAGCUGUGAGGGAAAAAGAAGCUGAAUUAGAUGAUGGUGGACAAAAGAAGCUUUCAGGUUCAGCGGAAAGAGAUAUCUUUCCAAUAGAACCAGACAGCGUGGUUCAAAUGAAAGAUGAAUUCUGGAAAUUAGCAGUUUCUGAUUCAAGAAAGCUGCCCAAAAUCCGUCUGAGCUCAGUUAACGAGGACUAUGUGCUUGAACCUCUGCACGAAGAUUAUGUGCUUCGAGGGCCAAAUUUGGAGGAAAAGAAGUUGAAGGAAAUAAAGGUCAAAACGGAGUCCGGGGAGAGGUCUGCAUACACAAGCAGAGAAUCACAUAGCAGGAAAAUGAAGCAGAACAACAGGGUCAAAGCCUGUUCCCCAAGAACAGAAUGCAAAAUCAGAGCCAUUGAAGACAUGAAGAAAGCAAGAAUGAAGUCUAAGAAGAAGGGAAGGAAGGAACAAUUAGAGGUGGUGGAAGGAAAAACCAUGUUCGAUAGCUUUGCAGUGGUGAAGAGUUCAAAUGAUCCACAACAGGAUUUCAGAGAUUCAAUGGUUGAGAUGAUAAGGGCGAAAGGAAUAGACCGGCCUGAAGAUCUUGAAGAACUCUUGGCUUGUUAUCUAACGUUGAACCACGACGAAUACCAUGAUCUCAUCAUCAAGGUCUUCCGGCAGGUGUGGAUUGAGCUGAAAGAUCAGAUCAUUUAUAGAGAAUUGUGUUAGUGAUUGGAUUGUUGAUUAAAUUGUGAAUUAGUUUGCUAAUCAUUAGCCAAGUCUUGAUCAUAGGUAGAGAUACUGACCUUCAAGCAAAGAUGUAAUAAAAGCAAUUCUCUUUAUGAACGAUAUGAGAAUGAAGUUCGUACUUCCAGUGUAUUCAUCUUU